UGCUACAAAAGAACGGUACAUGCUUAUUUAAAAAAGAACAUAUCAAUAAAAUCUACACAAAAUUCUCUAUCUUUUAGCAUCAGAACCCAACCUUCUGAUCAAGUCUAAUUUGAGACAAUUUAAUCUGCCGUACCCGUUAUAAUAAAAAUUAAAUUAAAUAUUCAUCAUUUGGAUCAUCUAUUAAAAUCAAUAAAAUUUAUUAUUGUAUUUAGAUAAAUGUUGGUGCUUUACCACCUGGAAAAGAAUGUCAUGUCAAAAUUCAAUAUGUAACUGAAUUAGAGUUAAUUGAUGAAAAUUUUAUAAGAUUUGUUGUUCCUACUACAAUUGCUCCACGAUAUAAUCCAUCAUUAGGUCAUUUACAAUCACCAGAUAAAACAAAAAGUGAAUAUGUUCAAAAAACUCCAUAUUCAAUGUGGUUUCAAGCUCAUGUACUUCGAGGUGGGCCAUAUAAAAUAAUGCAAGUGGCUAAUCUUUCUCAUCCUGUUAAUGUUAAUAUAUCACGUCAAUCAAUUGAUGUUUCUUCAGAAAGUAUUGCUCUUGAUCGAGAUAUUAUUCUAGAUAUUGAUUUACCAGAUAAUCGGCCAACAACACUUGUUGCUAUUGAACAAUAUAAUGAUUCUAGAAAAGAUGCUAUUCUUUUAACAUUUACUCCACGUCUUUCUGAUUUCAUGAAAAUUUCUAGUGGAAAAGAAGAAAUUACUACUGAAUUUAUAUUUAUUGUUGAUUGUUCGGGUUCGAUGACAGAGGCUAAUGGUAUUGGUCUUGCUAAAGAGGCUAUGCUUCUCUUCAUACGUAGUUUGCCUGUAGGCUCACAUUUUAAUAUCAUUCGUUUUGGAUCAAAUUUUGAUAUUCUAUUUAAAAAUGAAAUUUUAACUGCAGUUUAUGAUGAACAAACAGCUAAACAAGCUGAAAAUCUUACACGUUCAAUGGCUGCAGAUUUUGGUGGAACAGAAUUGUUAGAACCUUUAAAAUAUUUGAAAGCUCAUCCACCAAUCAAAGGUCGAUCAAGACAAAUCUUUUUAUUAACUGAUGGUGAAAUUUCAAAUACAAAUGAAGUAAUUGAACUAUGUCGUUCCAUGUCGUUAACUACACGUAUAUUUACUUUUGGUCUUGGUUAUUCUCCUUCUCGUUCUCUCGUAAAAGGUCUUGCUCGUGCCACGAAUGGUCAUUUUGUUUUUGCUCCUCCAAAUUCUAAAGUAGAUACAUAUGUAGGUGGUCAACUUGCUCGAGCUCUUCAACCAUCAUUAGUAAAUGCUCGACUUGAAUGGCAUGGAUUAUUAACAAACGGAUUACAAUCUCCAAAAACUAUUCCACCUCUUUAUGUAAAUGAUCGAGUUCUGGUUUAUAAAUUGUUGGAAGAUGAAGACUUGAAAAGACAAAAUGUUAGUGUAGAUUUUAUGAUUGGUGAACAUAAAAUUGAUACAAUCAAAUUAUCUAGUAACAUUGCAUACAAAGGAGAUAUGAUACAUCGAUUAGCAGCUAAAGCUUUGAUACAAGAAUUACAACAUAAAGAAUACAACAAAGAUACGAAAAAUGAGACAACAGUCGAGCAAGAUAUUAUAACAUUAUCAAUGACUCAUCAAAUAUUAUCACCAUAUACGGCCUUUGUUGGUGUAGAAAAUACUACUUCAAAAAAUAAUAACACUCAUUCUAAAGUUCGUCAUGUACCUAUUCAAAUAUCGAAAGGUGACGAACACUUAUUUUCAUCUUCCAGACCAUAUUAUUCUUCAUAUCCAGGACCCAUGGGACAUCCAAAUGCAUGGAUGGGUAUGGCACAUGCGCCUAUGUAUCGCAGCUCUACGACGGGAUCAAGAGGGAGUAAAGGCAUGUUUUACUCUUCAUAUUCAAGAGUAGCUGUUCAUCCUGGUCCUCCUGGUCCUUCUGGUUUUCCUGGUUUGGCUGGUCCUCCGUCGCACAAAAUAAAUUCAUGGAAUAACUACCCCAUGCAGUUUGAUUCUGUCCCAGUUGCUACGACCACCACAGCUUCACUCUUGACCACCGAUCCUGUUCGAUGGUUAAUCGAUCAACAAUCAUUCAACGGUGCAUGGAUAUUGAGCGAGAAGGAUGUUAAAACUUUGACUGAUGGUAAAUCGUUAGAUACGUUUAAAUCUACAAUUAGCGAAGCCAAAGAUACUUUAACAACAGCACUUGCCAUCGCUGUACUCGAAUUGAAAUAUGCCGCUCAAAAGAAUCUUUGGUAUGGAAUCGUGGAAAAGGGACGCAAGCAACUUUAUAGUUUUGGUCUGAGCAACGACCAAGUAAAUGCACUUAUCAAUGAAAUCAAAAACAAAUUAUGA